CCCAGCCAGGCGUCGCCUCAGUAGUGUUGUGACUGUGGUGGAGGACGGAGGUGUAGCGUGGUGCUGCAUGACGCCAGUGAGGCCUGCUCCUAACUCCUGCCUCAUUCUGCCUCGCCAGUGAGGGGCCUCGCCUCAUCCUCGGCUCCCCCGACCUCCUCACCCACCUCAUACAUCCCUCAUACAACUUUACGCUCAAGAAGUUGAGUGUUUGCUGUGCCAUCCACUCUCAGCGUAGCCUUACCAUCACUGCUGGCCACUUCCUUCCGUCACUGCUGGCCACCCAUUCUAUAGCCCUGCUGGUCACCAUUACUGCUGGUCAUCACUACCAUAGUCCAGCUGGUCACCAUCACUGUUGGCCCCCCUUCCAUAGUGCUGCUGGCCACACUCACCGUUCAUGUAGAUGCUAUAUAGAUUUCAUCUUACAAUACUGUAGCAUGUAUGACAUUCUGCACAAAAACAAGUGACUGCAACUCCAACAAUAAUAAAGAAUAAAUGGUUGAGUGAAGGCAAGUGAGAAGUUGACACAAGUAAUUGUCAUCCAGCUGUCUUGACACCAACCCUGCUGGAAAUCACCCCUUCAGUUGUAACACAACACAACUUGUGUUGAGUGUGUUACACUCAACACAAGGGUCAAACUUGCAGCACAACUUGGCAUCGUGAGUGUGGCGUGAGGGUAGGAUGCCUCAGGCUGGCCCUGGCAUGGCGCCUGCCGAGGGGGUGACCUAUGUGGGUAUCGACACCCUGCAGGAGCAGACGAGGCUAAAAGCUCUACGCCGUGGUUACACCUUCAAUCUCCUGGUUGUCGGUCGUAGUGGCCUGGGAAAGUCAACCCUGGUCAACACACUGUUCAAGGCGAAUGUCGCGCGCAGGAAGUCAGGAGAAGAGGAGCCACUACCUUCCACCACCGAGGUGAAGACCGUGAGUUCAUCUCUAUCAGAAGGGGGCGUUAGAUUGAACCUCACCAUCACUGACACUCCAGGAUUUGGUGACCACAUCAAUAAUGAAAACUGCUGGGAGCCAAUAGUGUCGUAUAUUGAGGCCCAGUAUGCGCACUAUCUACAGGAGGAGCAGAAGGUCGACCGCCUUUUGCAUAUUGCUGAUACUCGCAUUCAUUGCUGUGUGUACUUCAUUCCUCCCACUGGACACUCCUUGAGUUCCUUGGAUGUUGAGGUCCUGCAACGGCUAGACAAGAUUGUCAAUGUGGUGCCGGUAGUAGCCAAGGCUGACACACUAACAAUAGAAGAAAGAACAGCAUUCAAGGACAGGAUCCGUGCAGACUUGAUUGAUCAUGGGAUCAAGGUAUACCCUCUGCAGGAAUAUGAAGACUUGGAUGAUGUUCAGGAAAAUAUGAAAAUCAGGGUGCGACUACCAUUUGCUGUGGUUGGAAGCACAGCCUGGCACGAGGUCCAUGGGAAGAAGGUGCUGGGCCGUCGCUCCAACUGGGGUCUUGUUGAAGUUGAAAACAAAAGCCACAAUGACUUUGCGUACAUGAGAGACAUGCUUAUCAGGACACACAUGCAAGACCUAAUUGGCUCUACAGCAGAACGACAUUAUGAAAACUUCCGAAGAUCUAGGUUGUCUACCAAAACUUCUUCCAAACAUGUUAUAGUCAACGGCCAAGACACAGAUGUGAAAGAUCUUAACGAAUCAAAAAUAUAGCACCUAACCCUGUAUUUAGUGCUUUAAACCAAAACAUGACAAUACUUUAAGAUUGAUGCAUUCAAAAAAGACAUGAAACUGUAUAUAGUUUGUACAUGACAUAUCACUUGUGGUUCAGGUGUCAGUCUGCUCCAGUCUCUCCAAUGAAUGUGUAUUAAUGAGAGACUUCAACAUCUUAGAUACAAAACAUUACCAACUCAUCCUCCUGUUUAGAUAGAACUUUUUGUAACUGUGUGCACCAUAAUACAAAUAUUGACGUACUAAGCAAUUAGAUAGUAGAAUUUGGUACUGUACUACUGUACCCUUGAAUUCACUAUACUGUAUACAAAAAGUGGAAAAAAAUGAAAAAAAUGAGUAUAAAAAAAAAAAAAAGCUAAAAACAAACUUAAAUAUUCCUAGGCCUAGUAUAGCACACAUAUGUACUAUAUUAGGCCUCAGAUAGCAUGUAUUAGCCCUAGGAAGGUUAGUUUGUCUUUGCCAUGUAAAUAUAAAAUCUUUUCCGGUUUGUCCAAAUUCAAUAGUAUGCCCCGAUUUCUACUUUCUAAUUGCAUUGCAUGUCAGUAUAUGUUCUAUGGUCUUCAUCGUUACUAUAAGUACUACCAAAACAGGAAGAUAGGCUGAACAUUACAUAUCUCUUAACAAAUGUACAUGCAUAUCAGAUUAGGAUGCUGGAAAGUUGACUCAUUGAUGGUUCAGUUUGAGCAUGCUCAUUUCUCAAGGACAGGUUUUUGUCCAUAUUUCCCCCUUAGGCCCUGUUUCAUAUUUUUUCCCUUUGCUGUGGUAGUAUAUUAAUGAUAUAUACUGUAUU